GAGCAGAAGGAAUGGUUUCUGUGCGGGAAUGUUUCAGUCAUGGCCUUCAACUCUCGGACCACUAAAGUCAGCUACAAGAGCAGACCUGCCCCGGCUCCUGUGCUCGUGGAGUCCAUCAGGGAGAUUCAGCAAAAGCUGAAAGAGGAGCGUGAAGCGAAGCGGGCCCAGCUGGAUGGAAGACAUGACUACAUCCUCAGUAUUGUAGCUUCAUGUCUCGGACUGGAAAAAGCAGACGUGGAAGAUGCAAUACUGGAGGGGGACCAGAUUGACCGUAUGGAGCAGUUCUUUGUGGCUGAAGGUCUUCCACACCUCAUGUUCUACUAUCAGAACACUGAGCCAGCGGAAGCAGCAGCAGCAGCAGCAGCACCCUCAGCCUCUGCAUCUGUCCAGCCAGUUUCCCAGCAGCCUGGUUCCAGCAAGAAACCCAAAGUGUUUGUGACAGAUGGGAGGGAUGUGGCUCUGACCGGAGUGUGUGUCUUUUUUACCAGAGCCAACACUUCAAAGGCAAUCACCUCGGAGAACAUACACAGAGAAGUAAAUUUCAACAUGUUGGACACAACGAAGGUGGGUCUGUUAAAAAGUGUGGAGCAGCUGCUUUCCGAGAUCUUUAUCCCCACACUGAGGAAGAUGAACCACGGUUGGGGCGAGCUGGCCAGUCCCCAGGCCCAGGCUGUCAAACAGGACUUCGUAUGCUCUCUGGAGGGCUUUGUGUCCGUUCUGGCUGGAGCACAGGAGAGUCUGCAAGAAAAGGUUACUUUGAAAGAGUGCGAUGCCUUUGACUUGCGGCUGCUGAAGAGUCCAUCGGACUACACGGCGGCAGCCAACAGCUCAGAAACCACGGAAAAGAUUGAGGCCUGCAUGAAAGUUUGGAUCAAACAGAUAGAACACGUUCUAGCUGAGAGCGACCAGCUCAGAAAGGAGGCCGACGACCUGGGCCCUCGGGCUGAGCUCGACCACUGGAAGAAGCGGAUGUCCCGUUUCAACUACUUACUGGACCAGCUGAAGACUCCUGACGUCAGAGCCGUACUGGGCGUGCUCCUACUGGCCAAGUCCAAGCUCAUAAAGGUAUGGCGGGAACUGGACACACGGAUCACUGAUGCAGCCAACGAGGCCAAAGACAAUGUCAAAUACCUCUAUAGCCUGGAGAAAUUCUGCGAUCCCCUCUACAACAGUGACCCUGUGUCGAUGGUUGAUGCGAUCCCGGGCCUGAUCAAUGCGAUCAGGAUGAUUCACAGUAUAUCUCGCUAUUACAACACAUCAGAGAAGAUCACAUCACUUUUUGUGAAGGUAACAAACCAGAUGAUCACAUCAUGUAAGGCUUACAUCACCAAUAAUGGUUCCACUUCAAUAUGGGACCAACCGCAACAGGUUGUUGCUGACAAAAUCAAAGCUGCCAUCCACCUGAACCAGGAGUACCAACGAUGUUUUCACAAAACCAAACAGAAGCUGGAACAGACUCCCACAGAGAGGCAGUUUGACUUCAGCGAGAUGUACAUUUUCGGGAAGUUUGACACAUUCCAGCGGCGGCUCAACAAGAUCCUAGAAAUGUUCGGUACCAUUUCCACCUACUCCGCUCUGCAGGACUCAAAGAUAGAAGGACUGGAGACCAUGGCCACCAGGUUUCAAACUGCAGAAAUGCAGGGGAAAUGGGAGGCUAUUGUGCUGAACAUGAAGAAAAAACACUACAGUUUCCUCGACCACAGAAAAACCGACUUUGAUGUUGACUAUGAGGAAUUCUGCAAAAGCACUGCUGAGCUCCAUAAACAGCUGAAGAGUUUCAUGGAUAGCACCUUUGAAAAGAUUCAAAAUACAGAAAGAGCACUGAAUGUGUUGAAAAAAUUUGAAAGAUUGGGAAUCCCAGAUCUCGGUAUUGAUGAGCGGUAUCAGCGCAUUCUGCAGAAUUACGGCCGGGACAUUGAAAUGGUUUCCCGCAUCUACCUGAAGCAGAAACUGGAUCCUCCCAUCAGCAGGGACUUGCCUCCGGUCGCAGGUCGGAUCAAGUGGGUGCGACAGCUGUACACCCAAAUCCAGGGUCCCAUGGAUCUCUUUCAGCAGCAUCCAGGAGUUCUUUCGACACCUGAGGCUAAAAAGAUCAUCAGGAACUUCAACAGAGUAGCGAGGGUCCUCUUGGAGUUUGAGAUGCUCUACCAUCACAACUGGAUGAAAAAUAUGGAGGAAGCCAGGGUGGGCCUGCAGGCCUCCCUGCUGGUCCGGUCUCCAGAGACAGGAGAACUGUUUGUCAACUUUGAUCCAGAGAUUCUGACUCAGAUUCGGGAGGUGAACUGCAUGAUGAGGAUGGAUUUGGAAAUCCCUCCCUUUGCUGCACUGCUGCAACAGAAGCAGGAAAUCUUCAAGAAAAACUACAAAACAUUGCAGCUAAUGCUGACUGAGAACAAAAGAGUGCGGGCAAAGAUCCAGAGUGCUUUUGCGCAGCUGACCACACCGCAUGUAGCCAAGGUGGAUGAGGCUAUACAGCCAGGUUUGACCUCCCUUAACUGGACAUCUCUGAACAUAGAGAAGUAUCUCAGCCGCAUUGACAAGGCAUUGGUUGACCUGGAGCUGUUGCUGGACCGGGUGAAUGAUUUGGUUGAAUUCAGGAUUGAUGCAGUGCUGCAGGAGAUGAGCGUAGCCACACUCUGCGCUCUGCCAGAGGACGAACCAGUCACAUGUGACGAGUUUGUUCGUACGACCAAGGACCUGUGCAUUAAACAGGCUCAAAAUCUCCAUGUGAAGAGCUCACAAGUGGAGGAGGCUGCGAAUGAACUGAUCAACAUGCUGCUUGAGUUCGACCACAGCCAAAAAGAAGAGGUCGACAAAGUUGAAGAGGAAAGCUGCACUGAAAGCAAAACCAUUGACCACGUUGACAGUGAAGGUGAAGAGGAGGGGCGUUCAGAGGGACGCCUUUUCUCCAGAAACACACUGGUGCCUCCUGCUAGCGUCGGUCCUUCCUCACCUCUAAUGAAAAAGAAGAAGAAGAGGGAUCUGAUGGAGGUGAUGGAGGAGGAAGCCCAGGAGCUGCUCUCGCACUUCAAUCACCGUAAUGUGGAUGCCUUGCUCAGAGUGACACGCAACACCCUGGAGAUGCUGCGCAAGCGCAUCCAUACCUCCUCAUUAGUGCAUUUCAUAGGUGAAAGUGACUCUCCGAGCCGUGGCAGGAGCAGUGGCGAGCAGGCGAUCUUCAGAGUGGAUGUGACACUGUCCAUCCCGAACAUCGCCAUCGUUCCAGCUCUGGAGGAAGUGCAGCAGGCUCUCAGCCGGGCCGUGGAGUGUGUCGUCAGUGUCAGCAAAGGAGUCAGUCAGUGGAGCAAAGAAAGGAUAUCUAAGAGAAAAAUGAAUGAGAGACGUAUGGCAGCGCUCAAACAAGACAGUUCGGAGAGUGAAUCAGAGGAUGGAGCGACAACGUACCGGAGUCUGGCCGAUGGCAGCAUCUCAGAUAUUUCAGCAUCAGUGAUCCAGGCCCUCCCAUUUCAAGUCAAAAAUUACUACAAGAGUGUGUCUGAGAACAAGGAGAUAGUCAAACUUGUGUCUGUUCUCGGCACAUCGAUCAUCUCUACCAAAAAGGAAGUUGUAAGGUCGCUUGAGCAUUUCAGUCAUUACCAUCACAUCUGGAGAAAGGAUCGUGAAGACACCAUGCGGAAAUUUGUCCAGGGGAGUCCUCUGCUGUCAGAGUUUGAGAGUCAGAUCCUCUUCUAUCGAGAUCUGGAGCAGGAGAUCAACUCUGAGCCGGACUACAUUAUUGUUGGAGCCUUGGCCCUGUUUACAGCGUCUCUGAAGAUGUCCCUCACUGCUGAAACCAAGAACUGGAUUGUGGAUUACGGACUCGCCUGUAACAGGAAAUAUCGCUCGGAGAUGGAGCAAAUCUUUGCUUUUGUAGACGAAGCAGGAAAAAAGCUAAAUCGACAAAUCAAAGAUCUGGACGACAUCCGGAUCGCCAUGGCAGCACUCAAAGAAAUCAGGGAGCACCAGAUAUCUAUUGAUUUUCAAGUUGGACCUGUAGAGGAGUCCUAUGCCAUGUUCCACAAAUAUGAACUGAUGGUGGCCAAAGAGGAGGCGGAUAAGGUGGACACUCUGCGCUACACCUGGGAAAAGCUCCUGUCCCGCAGCACAGAGGUACAGAACGAGCUGGUGUCCCUGCAGCCCAACUUCAGAGGAGAGCUGCUCAGCAACGUGGGGACGUUCCUUGAGGACUGCCAACACUUUUACCAUGAUUAUGACAAGGACGGUCCUAUGGUGGUGGGUUUAGCUCCUCAGGAUGCCAGUGAUAGACUCAUUAUGUUCCAGAACCGAUUUGAUAAUCUGUUUAGGAAAUACAUCACUUACACAGGUGGAGAGGAACUGUUCGGGCUGCCUGUUACCCAGCAUCCUCAGCUGCUGGAGAUCAGGAAGCAGCUGACUCUGUUGCAAAAACUGUACGGCCUUUACAACAACGUCAUUGAAACGGUUAACGGUUACUAUGACAUUCUUUGGGCUGACAUCCACAUUGAGAGGAUCAAUAAUGAGCUGCUGGACUUCCAGACAAGGUGUCGCAAGCUGCCUCGCGCCCUGAAGGAGUGGCAGGCCUUCCUGGACCUGAAGAAGACUAUCGACGAAUUCAGUGAGUGCUGCCCCCUGCUGGAACUCAUGACUAACAAAGCGAUGAUGACUCGUCACUGGAAGAGAAUUACUGAGGUCACUGGACAUACAUUUGAAGUGGAAACAGAUACGUUCAAGUUGAGAAACAUCAUGGAGGCUCCUCUGCUCAAAUAUAAAGAGGAAAUUGAGGACAUCUGCAUCAGUGCUGUGAAAGAACGUGAUAUUGAGCAGAAGCUGAAGCAAGUGAUUGCUGAGUGGGACAACAAGACUUUUACGUUUGCCAACUUCAAAACCCGCGGAGAGCUGCUCCUGAGAGGAGACAGCACAUCAGAGAUCAUCACCAGCAUGGAGGACAGCCUAAUGAUUUUAGGCUCCCUUAUGAGCAACAGGUACAACACUCCGUUUAAAGCCCAGAUUCAGAAGUGGGUUCAGAAUCUCUCCAACACAACCGACAUCAUCGAACACUGGAUGACUGUCCAGAACCUUUGGAUCUAUCUGGAGGCUGUGUUUGUGGGUGGAGACAUUGCUAAACAGCUACCGAAGGAAGCAAAGCGGUUCUCUAACAUCGACAAAUCAUGGGUGAAGAUCAUGAUGCGAGCCCACGAAAUGCCCAACGUGGUCCAGUCAUGCGUGGGAGACGAGACCAUGGGACAGCUGCUUCCUCACCUCCUCGAGCAGCUGGAGAUCUGCCAGAAGUCACUGACAGGCUAUUUGGAGAAGAAGCGUUUGUUAUUUCCUCGUUUCUUCUUUGUGUCUGAUCCGGCUUUGCUGGAGAUCCUGGGUCAGGCCUCAGACUCUCACACCAUCCAAGCUCAUCUCCUCAAUGUCUUUGACAACAUCAAAUGUGUGCGAUUCCAUGACAAGAUAUAUGACCGUAUUCUGGCCGUGUUGUCCCGAGAGGGGGAGACCGUCGAGCUGGACCGUCCCGUCACGGCAGAGGGAAAUGUGGAAGUGUGGCUCAAUGCUCUGCUGAAAGAGUCUCAGAGGUCGUUGCACCUGGUGAUCCGACAGGCUGCCCUGACCGUCCAGGACUCUGGCUUCCAGCUGAUUGACUUCCUCAAUUCCUUCCCAGCUCAAGUUGGGUUGCUGGGUAUCCAGAUGAUAUGGACGAGAGACUCCGAGGAGGCUCUGUCCAAUGCCAGAUACGACCGGCGGAUCAUGGCGAAAACCAACCAGCUGUUCCUCGAUCUGCUGAAUACACUGAUCGAUAUGACCACAAGAGACUUGGAGGCUGUGGAGAGGACCAAAUACGAGACCCUCAUCACAAUCCAUGUUCAUCAGAGAGACAUAUUUGAUGAGCUGUGUCGGCUGCAUGUCAAAAGCACCAGUGAUUUCGAGUGGCUGAAGCAGUGCCGUUUCUACUUCAACGAGGACUCCGAUAAGAUGAUCAUCAACAUCACCGACGUGGGCUUCGUCUACCAGAACGAAUUCUUAGGUUGCACUGAAAGGCUUGUCAUUACUCCUUUGACUGACAGGUGUUACAUCACCUUGGCCCAGGCUCUGGGGAUGAGUAUGGGAGGAGCGCCUGCCGGUCCAGCGGGGACAGGAAAAACUGAGACCACCAAGGACAUGGGCCGCUGCUUGGGGAAGUAUGUUGUGGUCUUCAACUGUUCUGAUCAAAUGGACUUCAGAGGCUUGGGAAGGAUAUUUAAAGGUCUGGCCCAGUCCGGCUCGUGGGGCUGUUUUGAUGAGUUUAACCGGAUUGACCUCCCGGUGCUGUCUGUAGCAGCCCAGCAGAUCGCAAUAGUUCUCACCUGCAAGAAAGAGCGUCGCCGGAGCUUCAUCUUCACUGACGGAGACAGUGUGGACAUGAACCCCGAGUUUGGAAUCUUCCUCACCAUGAACCCAGGUUAUGCAGGUCGUCAGGAGCUUCCUGAGAACCUGAAAAUCAACUUCCGCUCCGUGGCCAUGAUGGUUCCUGACCGUCAAAUCAUUAUUCGGGUGAAACUGGCCAGUUGUGGGUUCAUCGACAACAUGGAGCUGGCUCGGAAAUUCUUUACGCUUUACAAGCUGUGUGAGGAGCAACUCUCAAAGCAGGUUCACUACGACUUUGGCCUGCGGAACAUUCUGUCAGUUCUGCGAACACUGGGAGCAGCCAAGCGAGCCAACCCCAGUGACACAGAGUCCACCAUUGUCAUGAGGGUCCUGAGGGACAUGAAUCUGUCCAAACUGAUUGAUGAGGAUGAGCCGCUCUUCCUGAGUCUGAUUGAAGACCUUUUUCCGAGCAUCCAGCUUGAUAAAGCAGGUUACCCCAAACUCGAGGCUGCCAUUGACAAACAGGUGGAGGAUGCAGGUCUGAUCAUCCACCCUCCCUGGAAGCUGAAGGUGAUCCAGUUGUUCGAGACUCAAAGAGUUCGACAUGGCAUGAUGGCACUGGGUCCCAGCGGUGCUGGGAAAACAACGUGCAUUCAAACACUAAUGAAAGCCAUGACAGAGUGUGGUGAGCCUCACAGAGAGAUGCGCAUGAACCCCAAAGCCAUCACAGCACCCCAGAUGUUUGGUCGACUAGAUGUGGCAACAAACGACUGGACAGAUGGCAUCUUUUCUACGCUUUGGAGGAAAACACUGAGAGCCAAGAAAGGUGAGCACAUCUGGAUCGUGCUGGAUGGACCAGUAGAUGCCAUCUGGAUUGAAAACCUGAACUCGGUUUUGGACGACAACAAAACUCUCACUCUGGCAAAUGGAGAUCGCAUCCCGAUGGCUCCCAACUGUAAAGUGGUUUUUGAGCCCCACAACAUCGACAAUGCUUCCCCGGCCACCGUCUCGCGGAACGGCAUGGUGUUCAUGAGCUCCUCUGUGCUCAGCUGGAGCCCCAUACUGGAGGGCUGGUUGAAGAAACGAUCACCGCAGGAGGCGUCGGUACUGAGAGGCCUCUUCUCUUCCUCCUUCUCGGAACUGUACCGCUUCAGCGUGCAGUCGCUGGAGUUCAAGAUGGACAUGCUGGAAGCCUUUGUCAUUAUGCAGUGCAUAAACAUGCUGCAGGGACUUAUACCAUCAAAGGAGCAGUGCGGUGAGUUAUCGAGAGAGUAUCUGGAGCGGCUGUACGUCUUUUCCCUGAUGUGGAGCAUCGGAGCCUUACUUGAACUGGACGACCGGAGGAAGAUGGAGAUGUGGCUGAGAGCCAACGACAGCAUUUGUCUGAACCUGCCUGACAUUCCCCCCGAAAGCGAGGACACCAUAUUUGACUACCAUGUCACCGCAGAUGGUCGCUGGGUCCACUGGAGCACCAGAGUAGAGGAAUAUGUUUAUCCGUCUGAUUUCACCCCAGAGUACAGCUCCAUCCUGGUUCCCAAUGUCGACAAUGUCAGAACAGACUUCCUGAUUCAGACUGUCGCCAAGCAGGGAAAGGCUGUUUUACUGAUUGGGGAGCAGGGAACUGCAAAGACUGUCAUCAUCAAGAGCUACAUGUCAAAAUACGACACUGAGACCCACAUGGGAAAGAGUCUCAAUUUCUCCUCCGCCACCACUCCACUCAUGUUCCAGAGGACAGUCGAGAGUUACGUUGACAAGAGGAUGGGGACCACUUACGGACCCCCUGCUGGGAAGAAAAUGUCCAUUUUUAUAGAUGAUAUCAACAUGCCUGUCAUUAAUGAGUGGGGAGACCAGGUCACAAAUGAGAUUGUCAGGCAGCUGAUGGAGCAGAAUGGCUUUUUCAAUCUGGAGAAACCGGGAGAGUUCACAAAUAUUGUAGAUGUUCAAUUCCUGGCAGCUAUGAUUCAUCCAGGAGGAGGACGCAAUGACAUUCCACAGAGACUCAAACGGCAGUUCUCCAUCUUUAACUGCACUUUGCCCUCCAAUGCUUCCAUAGACAAGAUAUUUGGUGUGAUUGGCGAGGGUCAUUUUUGCGCUCGCCGUGGUUUCAGUGAGGAGGUUCAGAGCACAGUGCGUCGCCUGGUGUCUCUGACUCGCCGCCUCUGGCAGCUGACCAAAGCCAAAAUGCUUCCAACUCCUGCAAAGUUCCACUAUAUCUUCAACCUGAGGGAUCUGUCCAGAGUCUGGCAGGGCAUGCUGAGCACGAACGCAGAGGUGGUCAGUGCUUCCCAGGUGUUGCUGGCGCUCUGGAAACAUGAAUGCAAGCGUGUGAUAGCGGAUCGAUUCACAAUGCUGGAUGACGUGGAAUGGUUCGACCAGACUCUGGCUUCGGUGGUGGAGGAGGAGCUCGGCGAGGAGCACAAAAACAUUGUGGAUUAUGGAGUAGAGAGAUACUUUGUUGACUUCUUGCGAGACGCCCCUGAAGCUACAGGGGAAGAGCCAGAAGAUUCAGACUUUGAUUUGCCCAAAGUUUACGAGUCCAUCGAAUCGUUCGAGAGUUUAAAAGAGCGCCUGAACAUGUUCCUGAGUCAUUACAACGAGAGUGUCAGGGGUACAGGCAUGGACAUGGUCUUCUUUCAGGAUGCUAUGAUACAUCUGGUCAAGGUGUCGAGGAUCAUCCGGACACCAGGGGGUAAUGCCUUGCUGGUGGGCGUCGGGGGUUCUGGCAAGCAAAGCCUGACCAGGCUGGCCUCCUUCAUCGCGGGAUACAAGAUAUUCCAGAUCACUCUCACACGCUCGUACAACACGGCCAACCUGAUGGAUGACCUGAAGGGUCUGUACCGAACGGCCGGCCAGCAUGGGAAAGGCAUCAGCUUCAUCUUCACUGACAACGAAAUCAAAGACGAGUCUUUCCUCGAGUACAUGAACAACGUCCUCUCGUCGGGCGAGGUGUCCAACCUCUUCGCUCGGGACGAGAUCGACGAGAUCCUCAGCGACCUGACUCCCGUCAUGAAGCGGGAGUUUCCCAGACGACCCCCGACCAACGAGAAUCUCUACGAGUACUUCAUGUCCAGAGUGCGGCACAACCUCCACGUCGUUUUGUGCUUCUCGCCGGUCGGAGAAAAGUUCCGCAACCGAGCGCUGAAGUUCCCGGCGCUCAUAUCCGGCUGCACCAUGGACUGGUUCAGCCGCUGGCCGAAGGAUGCGCUCGUCGCAGUUUCAGAGCAUUUUCUGUCGCUCUAUGACAUUGAGUGCUCACCCCAGGUGAAACGUGAAGUAGUCCAGUGCAUGGGCUCCUUUCAGGACGGCGUAGCAGAGAAGUGUGUCGACUACUUCCAGAGAUACCGGCGCUCCACCCACGUCACACCCAAGUCCUACCUGUCCUUCAUUCAGGGCUACAAGGCCAUUUACAAGGAAAAGAGGUCAGAGGUGCAGACUAUGGCCAACAGAAUGAUUACUGGCCUUCAAAAGCUGAAAGAGGCAUCGGAGUCUGUAGCAGCUCUUAGCAAAGAGUUGGAGGUCAAAGAGAAGGAGCUGCAGGUGGCGAACGACAAGGCUGACAUGGUGUUGAAGGUCGUGACCGUCAAAGCUCAGGCUGCCGAGCGAGUCAAGGUCGAGGUGCAAAAGGUGAAGGACAAAGCCCAAGCCAUCGUUGACAGCAUUUCAGCCGACAAAGCCAUUGCUGAAGAGAAACUGGAAGCUGCACGUCCAGCUCUUCAGGAGGCAGAAGCUGCGCUGCAGACAAUAAAGCCGUCUGACAUCGCUACAGUUCGAACGCUCGGCCGGCCACCACACCUCAUCAUGCGGAUCAUGGACUGCGUCCUGCUGCUUUUCCAGAGGCGGGUCAACGCGGUCAGAGUUGACCCGGAGAAGAACUGCAUCACUCCCUCGUGGCAGGAGUCGCUGAAACUUAUGACUGCUGGAAACUUUCUGGGCAGCUUGCAGCAAUUCCCCAAAGACACAAUUAAUGAGGAGAUGGUGGAGCUGCUGCAGCCUUAUUUUGAGAUGCCUGACUACAACAUCGAAACAGCGAAGAGGGUGUGUGGCAACGUGGCCGGACUCGCAUCAUGGACCAAAGCCAUGGCUUCUUUCUUCUCCAUCAACAAGGAGGUCUUGCCCUUGAAGGCUAACUUGGCGGUGCAGCAGAACCGUCUGGCCAUAGCGAAUGUGGACCUUCAGAAGGCUCAGGCUGAGCUGGAUGCAAAGCAAGCUGAGCUGGAUGAAGUGCAGGCAGAGUAUGAGAAGGCCAUGAUGGAGAAACAGACUCUGCUGGAAGAUGCUGACCGCUGCCGACACAAGAUGCAGACGGCGUCCAGUCUCAUCAGCGGCCUGGCGGGAGAGAAGGAGAGGUGGACGGAGCAGAGCAAGGAGUUUGCUGCUCAGACCAAACGUCUCGUUGGUGACGUCCUUCUGGCCACAGCCUUCUUGUCUUACUCUGGCCCUUUUAAUCAGGAGUUUCGUAACCUGCUGUUCAACGACUGGCAGCGAGAGCUGAAGCAGCGCUGCAUCCCGUUCGGCAAUAACCUCAAUCUGACCGAGCUGCUCAUUGAUGCACCCACUGUUAGUGAAUGGAACUUACAGGGGCUCCCCAAUGAUGAUCUGUCGAUUCAUAACGGCAUCAUUGUGACCAAAGCCGCCCGCUUUCCCCUGCUCAUCGAUCCACAGACGCAGGGUAAAAUCUGGAUCAAGAACAAAGAAGCUCGAAAUGAGCUGCAGAUCACCUCACUGAACCACAGGUACUUCAAAAACCACCUAGAGGACAGUUUGUCUCUCGGUCGCCCUCUUUUGAUCGAGGACGUUGGAGAGGAAUUGGACCCUGCACUUGACAACAUCCUCGAGAAAAACUUCAUCAAAACCGGCUCCACUUACAAGGUGAAAGUUGGUGACAAAGAGGUGGAUGUGAUGAAGGGCUUCAGGCUGUACAUGACCACCAAGCUGCCGAACCCAGCCUACACUCCAGAGAUCAGCGCUCGCUCCUCCAUCAUUGACUUCACGGUCACCAUGAGGGGACUGGAGGACCAGCUGCUGGGCAGAGUCAUCCUCACUGAAAAACAGGAGCUGGAGAAGGAGAGGACAGACCUCUUGGAAGAUGUGACCUCUAACAAGAGAAAGAUGAAAGAGCUGGAGGACAACCUCCUCUACCGGCUGACCAGCACACAGGGCUCCCUGGUGGACGAUGAGAGUUUGAUUCUCGUUCUCAGCAACACAAAGCGCACCGCUGAGGAGGUCACUCAGAAGCUGCAGAUUGCUGCCGAGACGGAGAUCCAGAUUAACGCUGCCAGAGAGGAGUACCGACCAGUGGCCACCAGAGGCAGCAUUCUGUAUUUCCUCAUCACAGAGAUGAGCAUGGUCAACAUCAUGUAUCAGACCUCUCUUCGACAGUUUCUGGGACUUUUCGACCUUUCUCUUGCCCGCUCGUCAAGAAGUCCCAUUACCAGCAAACGGAGCGCCAACAUCAUCGAGUUCAUGACCUUUGAGGUGUAUAAGUACGCAGCGCGGGGCCUGUACGAAGAGCACAAGUUCCUUUUCACCAUGCUGCUCACGCUGAAGAUCGACAUGCAGAGCAACAGAGUGAAACAUGAGGAGUUUCUCACUCUCAUUAAAGGAGGCGCAUCACUGGAUCUGAAGGCUUGCCCCCAGAAACCAGCGAAAUGGAUCCUCGACAUGACCUGGCUCAACCUUGUAGAGCUCAGUAAACUGUGGCAGUUCUCUGAUAUACUGGACCAGAUAAGUCGUAAUGAGAAGCAGUGGAAAUCGUGGUUCGAUAAGGAGGCUCCGGAGGAGGAGGCGAUCCCAAACGGUUAUGAUCAGAGCCUGGACUGUUUUAGACGGCUGCUCCUCAUCCGCUGCUGGUGUCCUGACAGAACUAUUGCACAGGCCCGGAAAUACAUAAUGGAUGCAAUGGGAGACAAGUACACUGAAGGGGUGAUUCUUGACUUGGAGAAGAUGUGGGAGGAAUCAGACCCCAGAACGCCUCUCAUCUGCUUCCUUUCAAUGGGUUCAGAUCCAACAGACUCCAUUAUUGCACUGGGGAAGAAAUUGAAGAUUGAGACCCGAUAUGUCUCCAUGGGACAGGGACAAGAGGUCCAUGCUCGCAAGCUAUUGCAGCAGACCAUGGCUAAUGGUGGCUGGGCCUUGCUGCAGAACUGCCAUCUGGGUCUGGAUUUCAUGGAUGAGCUAAUGGACACGGUGGCGGAGACGGACUUUGUCAACGACACCUUCCGCCUCUGGAUGACCACCGAGGCCCACAGACACUUCCCCAUCACACUCCUGCAGAUGUCAAUCAAGUUUACCAAUGAGCCUCCUCAAGGCCUCAAGGCAGGCCUCAAAAGGACCUAUGUCGGUAUAAACCAGGACCUUCUGGACGUCAGUAACAUGGUGCAGUGGAAGCCGAUGCUGUACGGCGUAGCGUUUCUGCACAGCACGGUCCAGGAGAGGAGGAAGUACGGCCCUCUGGGAUGGAACAUCCCCUACGAGUUUAACCAGGCCGACUUUAAUGCCACUGUCCAGUUUGUUCAGAACCACCUGGACGACAUGGACAUUAAAAAAGGUGUUUCCUGGAACACAGUGCGGUACAUGAUUGGAGAGAUUCAGUACGGCGGCCGUGUGACCGAUGACUACGACAAACGCCUCCUCAACACCUUUGCCAAAGUGUGGUUCAGCGAGGACAUGUUUGGACCGGCCUUCAACUUCUACAGCGGCUACAGCAUCCCCAAGUGCUCCAGCGUCGACCAGUAUCUAACAUACAUUCAGGCUCUUCCAGCCUACGACACUCCAGAGGUGUUUGGUCUCCACCCAAAUGCAGACAUAACCUUCCAGAGCAAGCUGGCGAAGGACGUCCUGGACACCAUCCUCAGCAUUCAGCCCAAGGACAGCUCGUCAGGCGGAGGGGAGACCAGGGAGGCUGCAGUGUCCCGGCUUGCUGACGAUAUGUUGGAGAAACUACCUGCUGACUACGUACCUUUUGAAGUGAGAGAGCACCUCCAGAAGAUGGGGCCCUUUGAGCCCAUGAACAUUUUCCUGCGCCAGGAAAUCGAUCGCAUGCAGAGAGUCCUAGUUCUGGUUCGAAACACGCUGACUGACCUCAAGCUGGCCAUCGAUGGAACCAUCAUCAUGAGCGAGAACCUGCGGGACGCCCUGGACUGCAUGUACGAUGCUCGCAUUCCUGCACGCUGGAAGAAGGCGUCGUGGGCCUCCAGCACCCUGGGCUUCUGGUUCACGGAGCUGCUGGAGCGGAACCGCCAGUUCCAGGCCUGGAUCUUUGAAGGGCGGCCCAACUGCUUCUGGAUGACAGGCUUCUUCAACCCGCAGGGCUUCCUGACGGCCAUGAGACAGGAGAUCACGCGCGCCAACAAGGGCUGGGCGCUGGACCGCAUGGUGCUGUGCAACGAGGUGACGAGGUGGAUGAAGGACGACAUCGCCCAGCCGCCGACGGAGGGAGUGUACGUCUACGGCCUCCACCUGGAGGGGGCCGGCUGGGACCGGCGGAGCUGCAGACUCACGGACUCCAAACCGAAAGUGCUCUUCGAGAUGAUGCCCGUGAUCAGGAUGUACGCUGAGAAUAACGGGCUGAAGGAUCCCCGUCUCUACUCCUGUCCGAUCUACAAGAAGCCGAUCCGGACGGAUGUUAAUUACAUCGCGGCCGUAGACCUGAAGACGUCCCUUCCUCCAGAGCACUGGAUCCUCCGGGGCGUGGCGCUCCUCUGUGACGUCAAGUAACAGCUUUAUGUUGACAAACAGUGACUCAUAGAAAUAUUAUCACCUUCCAA